GUCUUGAUUGAAUAACGUUAUUCAAACAGAGGAAACUGACAUACGAAUGACAAUCUGGUGGCAGUAAAAGUGAAUAACGAUCGAAACGGUUUUGUAAUUGCCUUUCCAAAUUUCGGCCUCCUCUUAACGUUAAAGUUGCAGUCAUUAUUUUGUAGCUGCUCGGUUACUUCGCCACAGGCAUUAGCUAUUUAACAGGGCUCAAAGAGAUUACCAGUUCGUCGCUGCAGAUAUACAGGUGCAAACUAUUAAGUUCCUUGGCCUAAUAUCGCAGUCACAGGACACAUCAUUAUCUCUGCUUCCCAUCCCCUCCACGUGUGGACCAAUCAGAGAGGAAACCUCUGGUGACAGAGGGGCCAAAGAAUUUCUCGUGGGAGUUGCUUGCUGGGCGUCAUCUCAAGCGCAUUGUCCCAGGACAGAUUUUUAUUUUUCGGUCUUUUGCUUUAGUUUCGGUAACAGUGCGGUUAACAUUUGCUUCUCUGGGGGCACCCACUGGAGGGCAAACUGGUGUUAUCUCUGGUUAAUGUUAUACCGAGAAAAUUGGCGAAAAACAACAAGCAGAAGAAGAAAAUGUCAACAACAGACAUCGUGAAGAUGCCCUUCCUCGCCACAAGAACGGUGCCCGACGUUCGCCGCCGGAGAACUGGAGCUGUGAUUGGGCCCGACGCGCCAAUCAUAUUCCAGCACGACUCGGGCGGUUUCCUCGGUCACGUGAUGGGCCGCUGCAGGAAAAUCUCUCCCGGGCUCAUGCCGCCUGGCUCGCCCGGUAUUUUCCGGCGGAAAACAUCCAACUGCACAGGCCCGGACGGCUUAGGUCCGCAUUUGGCCGCCAGAGCUUCCAUCGGAGAUAUUCUCGCUCACAAAAUGGCGACGACUGGUGCCGGCUCGACGACGCAAGGCUGGCCCAACUCUAAGGAUGACUACGAACUGAAGGAAGUUAUCGGUGUCGGAGCAACAGCAGUUGUUCACGGCGCUUUUUGCAAACCACGGCAAGAAAAAUGUGCCAUCAAACGAAUAAAUCUGGAAAAAUGGAACACGAGCAUGGACGAAUUGCUGAAGGAGAUCCAGGCGAUGUCGUCGUGCAACCACGAGAACGUGGUGACGUACUACACGUCGUUCGUGGUGCGCGAGGAGCUGUGGCUGGUGCUGCGUCUGCUGGAGGGAGGCUCGCUGCUCGACAUCAUCAAGCACAAGAUGCGCGUCGCGGACUGCCGCCACGGCGUCUUCGACGAGGCCACCAUCGCCACGGUGCUGCGCGAGGUGCUCAAGGGGCUCGAGUACUUCCACAGCAAUGGCCAGAUACACAGGGAUAUAAAAGCCGGUAACAUCCUUCUGGGUGAGGACGGCACAGUGCAGAUAGCAGACUUCGGCGUGUCGGCGUGGCUGGCGACUGGCAGAGACCUUUCGCGCCAGAAGGUGCGCCACACUUUUGUCGGCACCCCCUGCUGGAUGGCGCCAGAGGUCAUGGAACAGGACCACGGGUAUGACUUCAAAGCUGACAUAUGGUCUUUUGGCAUUACAGCCAUAGAGAUGGCCACAGGAACCGCACCGUACCACAAAUACCCUCCCAUGAAGGUUCUGAUGCUGACACUGCAGAACGAUCCGCCGACACUGGACACAGGGGCAGAAGAGAAGGACCAGUACAAGGCGUACGGCAAAACGUUUCGCAAGAUGAUCGUCGAUUGUCUGCAGAAGGACCCCUCCAAGAGGCCAACAGCGAGUGAGCUGCUGAAGCACCCGUUCUUCAAAAAGGCCAAGGACAGGAAGUAUUUGCAGUCCACUUUGGUUGCUAUCGGUCCCAGCCUGGAGACGAGGGUGCAGAAGGCGUCCAAAAGGCAGCCCGGAGCGUCGGGGCGGCUUCACCGCACAGUGACUGGCGAGUGGGUGUGGUCUUCAGAGGACGAGGAGGGCGACUCGUCAGACGAAGACCGCGUGAAGCCCAUGAACAACAUCGACACGGUGGGCUCGUCGGGCAGCGAGAGCGACAAACACGAGGAAGGGGGAGGCAGCAGCAGCGCGGGGGGUGGCAGCGGAGGCAGCACGGCGUCCGGACACUCGCAGCAGACGGGCGGCGCGGCGGCGCAGCAGGCGCUGGCGGGCGCCGCGGCGGUGCAGGGUGCCGGCGAGCGGCUGGCGGCGAUGAGCCUCGGCAUGGGCGUGCCGCCGGUGCCCCCGCAGCAGCAACAGCAGCAGACGCUGGCCGCCAUGCAGCACGUCAUGGAGCCCGUGCCCAUCAACCUGGUGCUGCGCAUGAGGAACCCACGCGGCGAGCUGAACGACAUCCGGUUCGAAUUCGCCCUGGGCAAGGACACGGCGGACGGGAUAGCCGGGGAACUUGUCGGUGCGGGGCUGGUGGACGGCCGCGACGUGACUGUCAUCGCCCUCAACCUGCACCGUCUCAUCCAGCUGGCCGUCCAGCCGCCCAACCCUGCCAUGCCGCACAUCGCCAGGACUGUCACCUUCAUGCUGACAUCCAGCCAAGCCAUGAACGAGCCACUGGACGAGAAGGCCCUGAUCGGCUUUGCGCAGAUCUCGAUAACGGACUGAGAAGUGCCGGGGGAGUGUGAGGGGUGGACGGACACUGGUGGACCGCGAGUCGAGUGUACAGGGUAUCCCACCCUCUCUGCCGUCCUGUGGGGGAGAGGCUACAGACUGUUCAGUGUGUGGCAGUGGCACUUUUGUGCGAUUUGUGGAGGCGGAGGUUGUAAAAACUGGCCGGUUUGAGCUCCCGGCUCUUGGCAACGUAUACUACUUUGGGAAUGGCAGACACGCAUUUUAUGGAGAGCUCGAGUGUUUUAAAUGAGACAGUGAAAUAUGGUGCAUGCAAAUUGUAAUUCUUUCCUUCUUUGUAGUUGGAAGAGGAGUGAGGAUAUUGUUAAUAUUAACUCUGCUCUAUCUGUUACUGUGGUUCCUCUAAACAAGAGUGCAAAGGAAUUUCUGGCCAAUGUUGUCUUUAAUUUAAUCACAUUUACUUUUUUCCCUCCUCGUGUAAAUAAAUGAUUUUAUUUCAGUUA